CAGAUUUGUGGGCGAAGUCAUCGGUCAACUUCCGGAAUAAGAAGUACUUUCUUCCUGAAGAAAAUUUCUGCAAUGUUUUAAUCCCUAAUUUGACACUUACAAAUGUAAUUUAGAAAACAACGUUAAUUAAUGGCAGACAUAACAAAGUCAUGUUACUAAAUCGGAUCAAAGUGAGAAACAGGUCUAAAUUAUCUUUCGUACUCACUAAAUAAACCAAUGCAAAGAACAUUUUGUCAGAAAAAGAACUACAUAUUAAUAACAAGUUAUGCAACUGUCUCCGACUAAACUUUAAGGUUUUUUUUUCCUGUAGCAUUGACUUGUGUAGACCUGUGAAAUUUGCCACAGGUCAUUAACAAUUUAAAAAUAGAACAUUCUGUAUAAAUUAAAUAAAACAACAACAACAUUGCUUCUGCUGAGUGCUGUCAAAUAAAAUAAAAAAUCAGUUUGUCAGAUUAAAAUAAAUACAACAUCAUGUCUGACCAAGAAGACGACACUGAUCUAGGCUUUCCAAUUACCAGAUUAAAGGCCUUAUACGAUUACUCCUAUAAAGAUGACGAUGGUCACAUGAUCUCUAUGAAACAAGGGGAUGAAUAUCAUUUGAUAUCUAAAAGUGGUGAUUGGUGGGAGGUGGUUAGAGAUUCAGGGAAUGCAAAUGAGUUAACUUUCUAUGUACCAGCUGCUUAUGUUCAAGAACUAGAUGAUGACACACAUUCUCCUAGAUCAAACCACUCAAAUCAAUCUUGCAGUGACAACAACAAUGAGAAAAUUGAGCAAGUUAAUAUUAUAAGUGUUACAGGAAGUAAGAAUGUGAAAACAGAUAUGGCGUAUACAGGGUCAUCUGACUAUAUUAAUUCAGGUGAAGUAGGAAUAACUUUUGGAAAAGGCAAAUCAAGUUUUAAGAAAAUAUCAGACCCCGGCAUUCCUUCUGCAACCAUUCCAGCAGUUACUUCGGUGACUGUACCAUUUAGAAGGAGUUUUUCAGAUGAAGGCGAUUAUGUAAACUUAGAUAAUUAUAGAACAGAAGCUGGCAUAGGUGAUACUGACAAAAAUGAUGGAGAGGCUACAGAUAGUGAUUACGCAAAUUUUGCACCAAUCCAAUCGAAACAUGAACCACCAUCACCAGACAUUGAAAAAUGUGAUUACAUUAAAACAUUAUUGGAUGUAUGGAAAAUGUUUCAUGAUCCCCAAACAAAUAGAUUGUUUUAUAUUAAUAAAGAAACAGAAGAGAGAACAUGGAAACCACCUAGACAUCCAAACAAACAUGAAAGAGCACAACAGAUCCUUCAUGGACCAUUUACACCACGAGCUAGAGCAGCUAAGUUAGAUGCCAAGGUCAGUAGAUCAGGGAUUGGUAUUUUACCAGAAAUCAAUGUAGACCAAACAUUAACAAACAUUCCAGAAGGAUGGUGCGUGGAAGAAACCAAAGAAGGCACAGUUUAUGCUAAUGAGGAUUCAGAUGAACGGUGGAUGAGUAGUAUAAAUACUGAAGGUAAAAGAUACUUCUACAAAGUUGGCAGUACUGAAGUGGCAUGGGAACUACCAAAGACAAACAGAAAAUCCAAUGGGGAUGUGAUAAUGGAGUUACCAAGUCCUCAAGCAAGCCCGUCAUCAUCAAGAUCGAACACAACUGGCAGAUCACCACUGAUUACACGUUCCUUAAAAGCCAAGUCCAUGUUUAUUGAAAGUAGUCUUAAUUUCCAGCAGGCCCCCCCGCCACAUUUUCCAACAACCCCUCCACCAAGGGCACAGACUUUGCCAAACAAUUUGAGUGCACAAGCUGGUGGUGACUCCAAUGCGGAGAAAACUUCGUACACACCCCAGCAGGAACCUUUUUCAGGAACAGUUAGCAGGGCCAAAAUUUUGGAAGGCAAUAAAAAGGUCAAGAAAAGCUGGGUGACUUGUUAUGCUAAAUUAUCUUCAUCUAAUUUGGUAUUCUACAAAGACAUGAAAUCAGCAAAGACUGUGCCAGGAUCUCCGUUUGGAAAAUCAGAUUUUAUGAUCCCUUUGCAAGGUUGUCAGGUUUCAAAAGCAACGAAAGAUGUAACAAGUAAACGCAAUGUCCUUGUUUUGAAUACCAGUCAUGGUGACCAGUACUUAAUACAAGUUGAUGAUGACAAAGCCGCUCAGAAGUUACAUAUACAGCUGGAAAUAAAAAUCAAUGAAUUCGGCAAUCCACCAAAUGAAGGUAUGACAAAAUUUUCUUUAGGGCCUCCAGAAUCUGAAGAAGAUGAUGACAAACUGAAACGAAAAACAUCAUUUAAAAGACUGUUCCAUUCUAGAACUCCAUCUAAUACUGAUAAUAGUUUAGAAAAGUCACAAACUAAAUGGUUACAGAAAUUUUUCUCUAAACGACCAUCUAAGGAAUUAUUGGAACAGAAAGGAAUUAUAAAAGAUGCUAUGUUUGGUGGUGAAUUAAAGAUGAUAUGUGAUAGAGAGAAAGCAAAGAUACCAAAGUUUGUCGUAAAAUGUGUGGCCGCUAUAGAAAAAAGAGGGUUAGAACAUGAUGGUAUAUAUAGAAUAAGUGGUAAUCAGGCUACAAUACAGAAACUUAGAUGUCAGGUGGAUCAAGAUAAAUAUGACCUUGAUUGUAAGGAAUGGGAUGUUUUUACAUUAACCGGUGCUCUCAAACUAUUCUUCAGAGAAUUGAAGGAACCAUUACUUACUUUCAAUUUAUUUGAUAAAGCUGUUCCAGCAUUAACAAGAGAAUCUACUGCAGAACGGCUGAAGAUAUUUAGAGAAAAUAUACACAGUUUACCUAAAUGUAAUUUUGAAACGUUUAAAUGUCUUUGUACUCAUCUGUUAAAGGUGACAGAAUUGAGUAAAGAAAAUCGGAUGGAAGUACAGAAUAUUGCCAUUGUAUUUGGUCCAACGUUGAUCUGGCCACAACAUGAAAAUAAUCACUGUAUAGCUACGAACAUGGUUUACCAAAGUAAAAUCGUUGAAUAUUGUUUGUUAGAAAGUAAGGCCAUCUUCAGGUGAAAGUAGAAAGGUUAUAUUUGAUUGAUAUUCAGGGACAAUCUACAAAGUAUAGAGUAAAUGUGUGUAUGGAAGAAAAGUCUAACCUUUUUAUAGCAUUAUUCAAUGAUAGCAAAGAAGAAAUAUUAUUUGAAGUACCCAAGUUUGUUAUGUGCUUUAAAUUUAUACUGAAGCCUUAUUUUAAUGUAUUAAUGCUUUAAGGUGUUAUUGAAACAGAUACAUAUAAAUGAGAACAUUCCAGUCCAGAUAAGUACAUACUGUGUGAUCUAUGGAAUUAACGUUAAAAAUGCACUCUUUAGUGAUGUAUUGGAUUUAAGGAUUAAAUUUGUAAUAUUUGGUAUCUAGUUCACAGCAACUAACAAUAAUAAAUGGUGUUUACUGCAUCCUGAGCAACCUGGAUUUUUCACUGAAAAUUGGGCAAAUAAUGUUUUCACAGGUAUUAUUCUUGACAGUGAUAGUUUUUUUUGGAGUAUAAUCGCUGACCUGAAUUCUGAAAUUGUCAACAAUUAAAAAUCAACUAAAACUAUCUGAAUGACAAAAAAAGGCUUCUACAAAUGGCUUAAUUGAAAAUGUAGCUGAAAGUGAAACCAAAUCAGAAUCUGUAAUAUUUCCUGGGUUUGCUGAUCAAUUAAAAAAAAUGAUCCUACAUAUUUUUUCAGUAGGUAACCUGUAACACACGUUUUUUUUUAAAAUUAUGGCUGUAGAGGGUUAGUUUAAAGUUUAAGCAUUAUUCUAAUACUUAGAUGAGUGCUAAUGAAACGUUUCUUUGCUGUUAAUGAGAUUGAGGAAGAGCUUUGCUUACAAUGCUAUAAGUAACAAAUAUAUUAUAUUGCAUACAUUUUUGAAUUUUUGGUAUGCUGGUUCAUUUUUUCUGAUGGUGCCCAUGUUGAUGGUUUAAUUUUGUUUAUAUAUUUGUUAAUUUUGUUGUUGAAUUUACUAUGAAUUUUAUCAAUCAUGUUAUAUCAUACAAAGAUAUGUACUAUUGUGUGUGUGUGUGUGCUGCAGUUAUAAGCAGUGUAGGUUUUUCCUUAGUAUGUUAGUUGACUUAGAAUUUUUGAUUUUUCAUACAUGUUCAUAUCAGGAAGAAGUUAUGCAGACAUGAAUAUAUAUACUGUUUUCAUCGAUUAAGAAUCCCAAUUUUUGUGUCAAGACUGAAAAGUCUCCCUUCAGACUUACUUUAUUAGCCUUUUAAAAUAGAUUGAAAACCAUAGAAUUUUUUAAUACUUUGCUAAGACGUGUUCAUAUCUUGCCAUUUUGAAAAAAAAACAUUUUAAAAGGUAAAGGUCAUGGAGCUUUUUUCACUUUAAAGAUUGUUAAAAUUGUCAAAUUUUGUAAAGAUGAUAUAUGGGAAAACCAACUAGUGUGAUCAGAAAGAAAACGCAAGACAAGAAUUUUGAGAAAACAUGAGAAGUUAGAUCUUAUAAUGUGUUAAUAGAAAAUUAAAACAGAAAUUCAAAUCAUCCAACCGUU